AUGGCAGAAAGUGCAGAGUCCUCUGUGUCUGAGCGGGGCAUCACCUUCUUGAAAGAUGAAUUGCUGGGCAUUACAAUCCUGAAGCUAUCUGGCGCAGACGACGCCCCGCUAUAUCACGUCCAUCAGAAGAACGGCGUGCCGAUCUGCGACAACUUUCUGCUGGGAUGCUGCUAUUUGCAGGAGAAGUGCCCUUGCCAUCACACCCCGUUCCCCUACCACUGGCAGUGGCGCCGCCAGAAAGACAAAGUGUGGCUUAGUUUCAGUUUCUCAGCUCAGCAUCAUCUGGAGAAGCUCUACUGUAAUCAGGAAGUCCCCACGGUGCAACUGAGGGAUAGGUAAGGACCAUAACAUCUUUCUCCUUUCAGCUUUCGGUCGGAAAGAGCCCCAGAGCCAGGUUCAACUCCAGAACGUACUUGCGAUCCCUGGGUUCUGCCCCAGAACUUGUGAAGCAACUGAUAAAAGGGAAUGCCUGUCCUUCAGGGCUCACUAAGAAAUCAGCCUUGUUUCCUUCACAUCUGUCAUUAUGGGGCAGGGAUUAUGGUAAGGGCUGGUUGAAAUCCUGACAUCCAUACAGUGGUACCUCGGGUUAAGUACCUAAUUCGUUCUGGAGGUCUGUUCUUAAACUGAAACUGUUCUUAACCUGAAGCACCACUUUAGCUAAUGGGGCCUCCCGCUGCUGCUGCACGAUUUCUGUUCUCAUCCUGAAGCAAAGUUCUUAACCUGAAGCACUAUUUCUGGGUUAGCGGAGUCUGUAAACUGAAGCGUAUGUAACCUGCAGCGUAUGUAACCUGAGGUACCACUGUACUUGUAAAAUUUAGGUGUCUCGGGGGUUUUCAAAGUGUGUUCCAGGGAAACAGCACUUCAAACACUUUUCAGUGGUUUCUUGAAAAAGGAAAGUUGCCUGUCACUACCAUUUCUUGCCUUCUGGACACAAUUUAGGCUUGUAUGGAUGUUUAGCUGGACACAAUUUAGAGUUGUAUGGAUGUUUAGCCGUCCAGAAUCCCUGAAGGAUCACUUACCUCCAUAUCCGCCUGCCAUUACAUCAGAGUCUGUUUUUCGGGUGCACCUAGAUACGGUAGGUAGAGAGGGUGCCACUACACUUUUGAAGCACAUCUCCCCUCUCAGAGAACUCUGGGUGCUGUAGUUUUUUAAAGGCUGUUGGGAAUUGUAACUCUCUGACUGGUAAACUACAGCGCCCAGAAUUCUUUGCAGAAAAGGUUGAGCUUUGAAUGUGCUUCAGAGAUAUAAUGUGCACGCUUCCCUAGUGGCACUAAUAGUGACAUCCUGUCUCUAGGGAGGUUCACCUGAUGCAGAAUUUCUAGAUUUUUUUCUGUAAGCUAAAGACCGUUUACAGUAUUUCUCCAGGCCCUUUACAGAACAUUUAGCUCUCAAUUGUGUGUUUUGAUUCUGCCUUCAACUGCCGUUUUUUAUUUGUAUUUUGUUGUAAUAACCUUGUUUAAUCUCAUCUGGUGUAUUAGUACUGUAGUGCCAGUGUGAAUCAGUCAUAAAGGUUCAAGAGGCAGCACAUGGCAUUAAGUGUGGGACAGCUUCCAAACAGACUGGCAUGAGAAAUGCCUCUCCUAUGGAAAUAUAGACAACUGGACCAGAUAGGAGGAGCUUUUUUCUUUUCCUUUUCUUUUUUGGUACGGUCAGAGCCAGAUAACUAUGUAUAGCCCCCAAAGCUGUUGACUUUAUAAUAUGCAUCGAAAAGGUAGGGACAUCUGCAGUGUAUGGGUCUUGCAUGGACAGAUCACAGAAGAAAUAGGAAAGAUCCCAGUAGACAACUUUGCUGUCAUUGAGUGUGUGGUACAGAAUACUAGGUUUCAGCAAGGAGGUGAAGCUACACCAAGGCAAGGAACAUGUUGCACAUGUACUAUAGUGAAGACUUGUUGGCAUCCGUCAGCGUGACUGAAGACAGUGUGUAGGGCACAGUACCGUGGCAUUAUCUCAUACCACAGAAUUCACACUUGCUAAGAAUCAUCAACGGGAAUGUAUAUUUAGGUGAGUAUUUUCUAAGUUAGAAGUGGAGCUCUGAUUGAGCUUGUGAAUAAGGGUUAAUAACUUUUUAGCAACUCUUCUACUAGCUUUUACAGCAGUUUGAUAUGAAGGUGUUGUUUUUUAAAACUAGAUGAAGAUACUUAUAUAAAAAAAUACCAUUACCCAUGCGGUGAAAAGCUUCACCAGCUGUUUUCAGUAAAUCAAGUUAAAGGCGAAAGAGCAAAGCCAGGCAUUCCCUUCCUGUCAGAUGGCAACCGUAGAUCCUCGCCCUCUGGUGAUGGUUACCUUCCUUCCCUUGCAGGAAGGGCAACGUGUAUUUCUUAAACUUUAACACCAUGGCUCUCUCACCGAUACUGCUGUAUGACCAAGUAAGGCGACUGUCCAACAGCAGCAGCCCUGAUUGCAGUCCCUACCUCUUUACAGAGUGGAAGGUUUACUACAAUGAAAGUGACCAUUGGCUGGAAUACGAUGAGGUAAGAGGAUCCAGAGAUUUAAAAAAAAAAAAUUGAUUAUGGAGCCAUCUCAUUGUUUGGUUUCCUUCUAUCACCCUCUAAAAUUAACUGGGAGGGAAACAGGCACACUUAAGUCCUGUUGAAAUCAGCCAGAUUUGGGGUACUUCAAUUACUGUGCAAUUUCAUGACAAACCUAGAAAAAUCAUUUUCAAAAUGAUGGCUUCAAAUAGCGCUAUGCAAGCUCCACUGUAUUGUGCCUAGCUGGGAGGAUAGUCAACAAGUUGGGCAGGUGUGUUUCAUAAAGGGCUUUCCUAUGAUUUUCCUUACAGUAAUUGUGUGCAUGGGGCGCGGGUGGCACUGUGGGUUAAACCACAGAGCCUAGGGCUUGCCGAUCAGAAGGUCAGCGGUUUGAAUCCCCGCGAUGGGGUGAGCUCCUGUUGCUCGGUCCCUGCUCCUGCCAACCUAGCUGUUCGAAAGCACGACAAAAUGCAAGUAGAUAAAUAGGUACCACUCUGGAGGGAAGGUAAACGGCGUUUCCGUGCGCUGCUCUGGUUCGCCAGAAGCGGCUUAGUCAUGCUGGCCACAUGACCUGGAAGCUGUAUGCUGGCUCCCUCGGCCAAUAAAGCGAGAUGAGCGCCGCAACCCUAGAGUCGGUCACGACUGGACCUAAUGGUCAGGGGUCCCUUUACCUUUAAUUGUGUGCAUUGCAUUAAUGUGAUGUGAGAAAACCCCAAGAGUUGGUCUCAGGGUCCAGCAUAGUCAUGCUAAUAAGAACCUUUGGGUGUGGUCUGGUGUGCCUGGAUAGUGUUUCUCAAAUGGUGGGUCAGGGCAGGGUGACCUUGGACCGCUUUCAGGUGGGCCUCAGUGCACAACCCGCCUUGUCCCCUAGCUGUGUCAUAACAUUUUGGUUGGGCCAACGUCAGCACCGGCAACUGAGUAAAAGUGGCCCGGAGACAGAGCAUUUCUGAAGAGUUCCCUCUCCCGAGGGGAAAAGAGCCAGAGGAGGUAUCGAAAGAAAUUGCAAAAUGAGAUAAAAGGUUAAUAUUUAUUAUUAUUACAUUAAUUGGAAAGAGAAAGGAAUAAGAGAGGAAAGCUGUCUAGGAGGAAGAAGUGACUGAAAGGAGCAGGGAGGAGGGAUGAAAGAAACCAACAGAAAGGUCUGUGGAUAAGGUACAAGUUGUUUGUGAGAGGAGAAUGGGAGAAGACAUUACAGGAGAUGGGCGAAAAUACCGUAUUUUUUGCUCUAUAAGACUCACUUUUCCCCUCCUAAACAGUAAGCGGAAAUGUGUGUGCGUCUUAUGGAGCGAAUGCAGGCUGCGCAGCUAUCCCAGAAGCCAGAACAGCAAGAGGGAUCGUUGCUUUCGCUGAGCAGCGAUCCCUCUUGUUGUUCUGGCUUCUGAGAUUCAGAAUUUUUUUCCCCUUGUUUUCCUCCUCCAAAAACUAGGUGCGUCUUAUGGUCUGGUGCAUCUUAUACAGCGAAAAAUACGGUACAUUGAGAGGCAUGUAGGGAUGAGAAGGGGGGAAAUAUAAAAGAAAAAAAGUCUUCUCCAAUUAGAGCUUCUCUGGAUCAGCAAAUUCCACCUGUAAAAGGGAGGCUGAUUCACAUUUGCCUCCAGAGCAAAUGUCUGAAUUUGGUUUGAGGAAAGCCAAGCGAGGGAACUCCUUGCUGCAAGGAAAAUGCUGUGGCAAAAGAACUUCGCAAUUCCCAAAAAAAUUGUUGUUGUUUUCAUCCGUCUGUCUCAAGAGACAAUGGAGGGUGAAGUCAAACCGCUAGGUUAGCAACACAGAAGAGACAUCCUCAAGGCUCAAGACUGGCUAGUGUGUGUGGAAGUCCUGGGCUGCCUUGAUGACAAGCCCCUUCUCUCUUGGCCUCGCUGAUACUGUGAAAGCAGAGCAAGACGUUUGGCACCAGCUUGACUGCGGGAGUUGCCGGAAAGAAGGUCUUAGGAACUGCGCUCUGGAUUUGUGUAGGGCUUCCACAGAAAGUGAAGUUAGUAAUUGCCAGCUGAUUAUUCAAAACUCUGCAUCUACCUGUCGCCAUUCUGUGACGGGCUUUUCCUCUGUGCCACGAUUUUGUGUCUGGUGGGCCUCAGGUGGGCCCCGAGCAUAGAAAGUUUGAAAAAACACCUGUUCUAGAGGAUGGGAGGAAUUCUGGUGUUUUCUCUCCAUAGCCUAUCGCACAGGAACUCGUCGCUGCUUUCGAGCGGGGCAUGUGGAACCAUGCCUUCCGUGUGCAAGAUCAAAUCUACAAUGUAGACCUCAAACAGUUUAUCCAGCGCAACGUAAAGAUGGGCUUCACCCGUGACAUCACGUUCCGACCCGUCUGGCGCUCAGCUGACAUUACCGUGCGCUGCUUGCGGUGAGUUUGGACCCAGAUCUUCCUCCUCAGAGUUUCUGGACCCGAGAGCACAUGUCUAAUCCUUAUGCCCAUGAAUUGCAGAACACUGUACUGUAUAUUUUUGUGUAACGAUGUUGCCAAUGUGCAAGUUAAUUAGUGAAGAACUUAGAGUUCUGAUUGUAUCUUUUUUUUUUUUAAAAAAAAAAACUUAACCCCUGAAGAAAUUUAAGAAAAUGGUAUAGUAGUAGGAACUUAGUACAGACAGGGCAUUUUUUUCAGCCCAAACUCACCGGAACUCAGUUCCAGUACCUUUCAGGUGGGCGCCAUUGCCAUUAUAAGAGAACAAGGGAGGCAGUCGUCGUGAGUUCCGACACUGAGUUACAUGUACUGAGUUACAGGUACCUUUUUAAAGGGGAUGCGGGUAGUGCUGUGGUCUAAACCACUGAGCCUCUUGGGCUUGCCGAUGAGAAGGUCGGUGGUUCGAAUCCCUGCGGCAGGGUGAGCUCCCAUUGCUCUGUCCCAGCUCCUGCCAACCUAGUGGUUCGAAAACGUGCCAGUGCAAGUAGAUAAAUAGGUACCUUUCCGGCGGGAAGGUAAAUGGUGUUUCCAUGCUCUCUGGCUUCCGUCAUGGUGUUUCGUUGUGCCAGAAGAGGUUUAGUCAUCCUGACCCCAUGACCUGGAAAGCUGUCUGUGGACAAACGCCGGUUCCCUCAAGAUGAGCGCCGCAACCCCAUAGUUGCCUUUGACCAAGGGUCCUUUACAUUUUACUUUUUAAAAACAGGAGUGGAGAACCUUGGGCCCAGGAGCUGAAUGCAGCCUUCUAAGCUUCUCUGACUAGGCUUUGAAACUCUUCCUAAGCUGUGCUCCUCAGCAGGCCUCCUCUGUGUUUUGCUUGGCUGGAAUGUGUCCUUGAAGUGCGAUCAUGUGAUCAUGCUUCUUGCUUGCCUGGCUGGAGAGGGGUAUCUGUGUUUGUGUGUGUAAACCUGACUUCUGCAUAGCUGGAAUGUAGCUCCCAGUACAAUAGUAAGAGCCACAACUGUUGCUCUGCUCAAUUUUGCCUCUGACCCUGUCCACCACUGUGCGGCCCCCAGAAGGUCUUUUAAGAGGGAAUAUGGGCCUUUGGCUUGAAAAAGGUUCCUCACCAAUGUUUUAAAGUGUGUAUUGUUUGGAGGAGGGUUGUCCUGAUUUUAGACUGCACAGUCUCACUAGUAUGUAAGACCCACACUCAUGAAUUGCCAUGGUCUGGACAAACGGAAGAUUGGUGUGGGAUGCAUGUCUAGAUUUUGGAGUGCAGCCAUGCAUUGGAUAAGUCACACGACAUUAAAAGUAGAUAAUACAUACAUUUGACCUAUAAUAUGCUAAGGAGCUUUGUGAUGCUGGUGAAGCCACCAGCCGUGAUUGGUUGAGUGGCCCUAAUGUUGCAGGAGGAGUGGGGCAGCCAGAGGGUAGGGAGGGGCUGAGGGAGAUAGAAGGCUUGGUGGAGCUAGAUAAGCGGUCGGAAGAGGGCGUUGGUGUAGGAAAACGCUAAGCGAGUGGCAAACUGGGAGAGAGAAUGGGCAGAGGUGAGAGAGAUGCACACGGCCAAGAUUUCUUGACCCCUGAGGAAGUUCCCCAGUUCAUUGCUUAAAAACUGAUCAAAUGUUUGGGGUGACUUAAUCAGUGCAGAGGUUAGAGGUUCCCAGUUAGCUAAAUACUAUGGACCCGUUGUUUUCCAAAAACCAAGCCAUAGACUCCCUCCUUAUGAAAAUUCUGGUAUCUCCAUGGUAGUUUUUGUUACGUGAAUGCUGCCACAGGCCCUCUGUGUGGGUGACAAGGAACCACUGAGUUAGUGCAAUUCAUGACGCUGAAUGAGAGAGUGUUUGUGUGAGUGAGAUCAGCUGGUCAAUAAUAAGUUUGCACAGUCUCCCCCCCUCUCUCUCUCUCCCAACCCUCUAUUAAAAUAUAGGGGUCUGCCUGCAAACAAGGCAGAACCAGAGGCAGCUGAUCCUGUUCCUUUGUCCUUUUUCCCUUCCAGGUCGCUUGCUCCACCCCUGACCACUUUGGCUCUCGCAGGAGAAGAUCCUUUGGAUUUGUUCUGUGGGCCUUAUCCUGCGGCCUGCGUCCCGCCACCUCAAGGGGGCUCUUCUUUCACAAUGGCAGAAGUGACUCUGUCAGAAGUAGCCCAUCAGAUGGUGAGGAAGCUGUUCCAUGCCAAGUUGCCCGAGGAUCAGGCGUUGGUGCUGGCUAUCUACCGCAUACGCAAUGACCAACUCUGGGAUAUGUACAUGAGGUGAGAAGCCUAGUAUACACACGACAUACGGUAAUGCUUUCCUAGUGCUAGCCAUUGGGUUUGGUUUGCCUCAUAUAGCAGGAGUUGCUAAUAUGGUACAAUGGUCCCCUUAAAAUCUUCCCUUGGAACCCACAAAGUCUCUGAGCCCCCUCCCUCAACACUUGGUCAUGAAUAAUAAUAAUAAUAAUAAUAAUAAUAAUAAUAAUAAAUUUGUACCCUGCCCUCCCCGGCUGGAGCCAGGUUCAGAGCGGUUAACAUCAUAUAAAUAAAACAAUAUGCAUAAAAACAAGCAAUCCAUCGAUUAAAAUGCAUCCCAAAAUUUAAAAUCCCAAAAAUUAAAAUAAAUUAAAAUUAAAGUUAAAACUGGACAAAUGACAGUCCUCAGGUUAAAACUGAAAGCGGUUAAUACUCGCCAGGGAAAGGGGCCUAGAAAAAUUUCUAAUCAUAAUUUGGUCGACUUCCCUCCACUCCUCCUCUUGGUCCCAUUAUAAUAUACUUAUUCAUGUAUGUCCAUUAAACCUUAUAUACUUAACAAUCCAAUUUUAAAACCUUCUUCAUCUUAUUACAAGUGACUUUUAAAAGUUAUACUGUUAUGUACUGAGUUGAAUAGUAUACUAAUGUAAAAAACUAUACACAGAGCUUUAAAAAUAUGCAUUAAACAGUUGCCCUUUUUUGUAAGGUUACCAAAAAAAUUUCAGUAAAUCCGGGGACACUUUUCAACUUCAAUGGAUUUUGUAUGGGGACUGAUUUGUAAAUCCAGGGACUGUCCCCAGGAAACAGGGACGUCUGGUAACCUUACUUUUUUGUAAUAAUUUGCCCUGCAUAGUUCAAUAAUUUAUUUUGCCAAUCUUCUUCUUUAUCUUCUUUGGCCGACGCUUCUUCCUUCCAUUGGGACUGACUGGUCUUAGCCUGGCAUCCAUUCCACUGUGAUAUAUUUUUAUGACACCGCGGUGUAUAGACCAUUUUUAUUAAUAAAUAAUUAAAUUAAAAUAAAAUAAAAUGAUCCACUUUUCUUUUUCUCUCUCUUUCCCAUCAGCCAGAAGAGGCUCAUGUUCCAGGUACGCUCAAAAAAGGAGCAUCCCUCAGUGGAGAGACAUCUCUUUCACGGCACAGCGGCAUCUCGGAUCAAGUCUAUUUGCAUAGGCAACUUUAACCCCGACCUGGCAGGAUCAGUCCAUGGUGCAGUUUUUGGCCGGGGUGUUUACUUUGCUAGGGAUGCCUCCUACUCAAACACCUACGCCUUAGCAGCCAAGAACAAUGUGCGUCACAUGUUCCUGGCCAAAGUGCUGACUGGUCGCUGGUGGAGAGGCCACUCAUGUUUAAGGCAAACUCCCCCCCAUUUUGACUCCUGCACAGAUUGUGUCCGUGACCCACACAUUUUUGUCAUCUUCAGAAGCUGCCAGUGCUACCCCUAUUUCCUGAUUCGCUACAAGGAAGUGAAGACACCUGUAGCUGUGGAUAUGUGA